GUGUGCAUGGGCGGCCUCCAGCCUGGCCAGGGAGGACAGGCCCCACUGCACAAUCAAAGCGUCAGAGGCAGAAGGAAGAGGCAGGAAGGGACAGAGAGAGAGGACAGAGGUGCCUGGGGGGUGGGAGCAGGAGGCGAGGCCUCCCAGGGGAAGCCAGCAGCUGUGGCUGCCCUGGGUAUAAAUAGCCCGGAGGAGCUGGCCCUCAGGACUUACAGCAGAAGGACUCAGCAGCCAGUUCUGUCCUCACAGGCCCCAGCUACACAGCACAUCUGGGCAAGGGCUGGCUUGUGCUGGGUACCUGCCCUGGUACCUCUGACAAGACCACCUCCCCACCACUCGGUCUCAGAUACUCUGCCAGCCAGCCAUGCUGCUAGGUGGCCUCCUCCUGCUGGCCACCAUGGCUGCCGCCCAGCAGAGAGGGCCAGCGGCCAGUGGGCGCCGCCAGAUUCACCGGGUCCAGCAUGGCCACUGCAGCUACACCUUCGUGCUGCCGGAGCCCGACAUCUGCCAGCUGGCGCCCGUGGCACCUGAGGCUUUCGGGGGCUCCAACAGCCUCCAGAGGGACUUGCCUGCCUCCAGGGUGCACCUGGCGGACUGGCGAGCACAGCGGGCCCAGCGCGUGAGCCAGCUGGAGAAGAUUCUAGAGAAUAACACUCAGUGGCUGCUGAAGCUGGAGCAGUCCAUCCGGAUGAACUUGAGGCCAGACCUGGCACAGGCCCAGCAGCACACAGUCCAGAACCAGACAACCACCAUGCUAGCACUGGGCGCCAACCUCAUGAACCAGACCACGGCUCAGACCCACAAGCUGACUGCUGUGGAAGCACAGGUCCUGAACCAGACAUCACGCAUGAAGGUCCAAAUGCUGGAGGGUUCGCUGUCCGCCACCAAGCUGGAGCGGCAGAUGCUGAUGCAGAACCAUGAGCUGCACCGGCUGCAGGGCCGCAACAGGGCACUGGAAAGCAGGCUGCAGGCUUUGGAAGCACAGCAUCAGGCCCAGGUGAACAGCCUACAGGAGAAGAGGGAACAACUGCAGAAUCUCCUGGGCCACCAGACUGGGGCGCUGGCUAACCUCAAACACAAUCUGCAAGCCCUCAGCAGCAACUCCAGCUCCCUCCAUCGGCAGCAGCAGCAGCUGGUGGAGCUAGUACAGCGCCUGGUGCGCAUAGUAGCCCAGGACCAGCGACCAGUUUCCUUAAAGGUACCUAAGCAGCUGUUCCAGAACUGUGCAGAGAUCAAGCACUCCGGGGCCAACACCAGUGGUGUCUACACCAUCCGUGGGGCCAACAUGACAAGGCCUCUCAAGGUGUACUGUGACAUGGAGACCGAUGGAGGCGGCUGGACUCUCAUCCAGCGCCGGCAGGAUGGAAGUGUGAGUUUCCAGAGGACCUGGGAGGAAUACAAAGAGGGUUUUGGUAAUGUGGCCAGAGAGCACUGGCUGGGCAACGAGGCCGUGCACCGCCUCACCAGCAGGACAGCCUAUUUGCUGCGUGUGGAGCUGCAUGACUGGGAGGGCCGCCAGACCUCCAUCCAGUAUGAGCACUUCCAACUGGGCGACGAGAGGCAGCGGUACAGCCUCUCUGUGAAUGCGAGCAGCAACUCAGCAGGGCGCAAGAACAGCCUAGCUCCGCAGGGCACCAAGUUCAGCACCAUCGACUUGGACAAUGAUAACUGCAUGUGCAAAUGUGCUCAGAUGAUGUCUGGAGGGUGGUGGUUUGACGCCUGUGGCCUCUCCAACCUCAAUGGCAUCUACUAUCCAGUUCAGCAACACUUGCACAAGCUCAAUGGCAUCCGCUGGCAAUACUUCCGGGGCCCCAGCUACUCACUGCAUGGCACGCGCAUGAUGCUGCGGCCAAUGGGUGCCUGACACGCAGCCCUACAGAGACUGAUGUGGGAGGAGGAUUCUCAACCAAGAUGGCUCUGUGCAAGCUGGGCCCCACCCAGAAAUCAGUGCCCAGGGCUCAUCUGGGACAUUCUGGGACAUCAGAGCCAGCUUACCUUGCUGCCAAAUUAUCAAGAGUCACCCACCUCCACCUACCCCUCUGUUGUGAAGCCCUGCCUCUGUGGUACCCACAGUCUUCUCCCUCCUGCCACCUGCAGGGACUCGCUGUCAUGGCCUGAGGCAGACUGAACUUGAUACCUCGGAAGAUGGGGUUGCAGCGGGUGGGAAAGUCUCACAGAAGGCAGGUGGCCCCCUCCAGGGGAGCCUGAGAGUCUAUCUCCAUUCUCCAAUUCAGAGUUUCUCUAGCCUUGAGAUGUCUGCCGACUUGCUUCCCAAGGCCUGGACACCAUUCCCACCCCAAGUGCGAGCCAUCAUUUCCCGGUGCUCUAUGGCUCCUGGACUUCAGUGGCUGACAGUCAGAACUGGUCUCCCAGAGGUUUCCAGAAGCAUGAGAGGGGAAUCUUCUUACUCCAGCGUGCCCUAGAGUGUGUUCCAUAAGUAAUAACUAAGGCUCCUCUCUAAAGUACUUUGGAUGAAGUGAGAGAGAGAUAAUAGGUUAAAUAAAAAGAAUAGGCUUUCGUAACUGCA